AGGGUCUUAUCGGGAACGAAGAGGCCGCUGCCGUGCGCUUAUCUCGCCUGGCCACAUUGCGGUCGUGUUCCGCUGCACAAACUGAGCGGGCGUCCUGGACGCAAUUGAGGAAUAACUCAAACCUCACUUCCAGUUCCACACUGCACUUCACCAGCACAAAAAAACUCAGACAUGGAUGACCCACUCACAAAAUGGCUCCACUUUCACACUGACAUCAACAACACGUCGGGAACGUGUGGUGUUUUCGACAGCUGAUUUAUGGAAAGGCAGGACAUAACUACAACGUGAUGAAAUUAUGGAAAAAAUUAAGCCGGAGCUUUGUCCUGGAAGUCCCGGUGCCAAAUCGUGCAGCCCACUGAAGCAGGAUUCCAUCAUCAGGGGGAAUGGAUGCAAAGACCCGGAGGACUCGAAUGAGGAGAACUUCCCAGGGGAGGGGGUUAAAACAGAUGACGCGCCUCUGCGGGACCAACGCAACCGGACCAUCAUCCUCAACGGCGUUGCCAAGGAAACCGCUUACGACGCUCUUGACCUGAAAGGGGAAGUACCAGUAAUCGAGCUUUCGAGGAGAGACGAUAUAAAGGCGGGACAGCAGAGAACGGACAGUCUCACGGUACCGAUCACGGAGCUUCGCAGACCACCCGUGCCGUUGCCGCUGCCGCACCGAGACGCGCUGAACGACGCCCGAAUGGUUCAGCUGAGCCCAAACGCGUUCCCUCUCCCAGCGCGAGCAAUGCUCUACAACCUGGCGCAACCUCUCUCCGCAAUCAACAGCCUUGGAGGAGAGUCGGAACAAUACUGCAUGUACCCCAGCAACAGGGCAAAGCACCGCCCAGCGCCUUACGAGGUUGAGUUUGACGAGGCUGGCCAGCCAAAGAUCGUACGGCGGAUCUUCACCAACAGCCGGGAGCGCUGGCGGCAGCAGAACGUCAACGGAGCGUUCUCCGAGCUCCGGAAGCUCAUCCCCACCCACCCCCCAGACAAGAAGCUGAGCAAGAAUGAGAUACUGCGUCUGGCCAUGAAGUAUAUCAGCUUUCUGUCCAACCUGCUGGAUGACCAGGAUGGAGGUGGCACAGUGGCCGUGGGCGACGAGACAGGGCUUCUGGUGGGGGGCCGUGAGGGUCGACCCCAGGGGCCCCGUCAGGACGUGGUGGGACUGGCCACGGAGGACGACCUGCUCCUCCAGGGCACGUUGUCGCCUGGGUCCAGCUGCGGGAGUCUGCCAGAUGGGGACGGCAGCCCUGAGAGCUUCACCGAAGACCGGGACUCACCCACAGGCCAGAGGACUGUGCCCGCCCCGCGCGGUAGGGAACUGCGACGCAACGUGCGUCCACAAGACAGCGGCAGUCAGCGAUGAUGGUGAUGAUAAUAUUGGUGGUGACAGUUAUAACGAUGAUGGUGACGGAGUUGACGAUGACGGAGUUGACGAUGAUGGAGUUGAUGAUGAUGGUGGACCACAGUAAAACACAUGGAUUGACUUUUUUCCCUGAAAGAGGGAUGACUUAAAUAUGGAUGACAAGGGUCCUAGCAUCUCUGAGAUUCAUCAAAAGAGCAGUGCUUUAGGUUCUGGAAGCAUGCUGAUGACAGAAUUUCACUUCGUCAGGAUUCUAAUCAGUUCAUACUGAAUCCAAUGGCAGCUUGCUUGGUAUGGUCCUUAUUCGGUCAAUUGGUUGACAAAACGAAAGACUUGUAAAUUCCGCAUGCUUUUAAUGCUGUCUAUGACCUGGGUUGAGGAACACCUCAUAUGUCCUGAGUUGUGAAUGUUCAAAUACAGUGUGCUUCUGUUACAUUAUCAUGUCAUGAGAAGUAUACAUCCUAUGUCAUCAUCAUAGAAGUCACUCAUGCCAUGGUACCAUGAGGCGACUCAAUGGAGGUUUACACCAGGAAGUGGCAAUGGGAUGUUCUCACCUUGGGUUAGGAUCCAACUUCGCCAGUUGUCAAUGAGGGCAUUCUAACUCUUCUGAGUAGUCAAGUUUACGACAACAACAUGACAACAGCAUAGCUGUUUCACUGAUAGCAAUGGCUUGAUGUCAAAUCCUCAUAAUAAAAUACACACUUAAACAAGCAUUAAAGACAAUUAUUUGCUUGAAAAUGUGUUAUCUUAAGGUUUUAGCACUCACAACACAUUAUCAAACAUGCACAUAUAUCAUUACCUACCAAAAUAUUUUUACAGUGGUUCAUGUCAAGUGAUGUGAUUAGGCAGUUUGAUAUAUUUUACACUGGGUUUUCAGGCAUUUAAAAACAUUUUUUUAGAUUCUGCUCAGUGCUCCUGAUUACAUUCAUUCAACAGUGAACAAACAACAUAUUCUCUAGAAAAUGUAUGACAAACACAUAUAAUGAUAUAAAUGUGGUACCUUAUUUGUAUAUUUUUUUGUCAAACAUUACUGAUUAGCAUUAAGUAAAACACCCCAGAGUAACAUGGCAACUGACCGUAAACCGUUUACAAACACACACACACACGCACGCACGCGCACGCACGCACGCACGCACGCACGCACGCACGCACACACACACACACACACACACACACACACACACACACACACACACACACACACACACA